GAAAAUUUACCUUUUUAUUUAACCAGAAAAUCAGUGAAAAUCUAUUUUCCUGGCCAAGAUAGGAAGGAAUAAAGAGUUACAAAUAUAAGACAACACAAAAUGUACCAUGUAAAUCUAAAUUUUACAAAUGUGUGGUCAAGUUAUUUGAUUGGAAGAUCUACUGAUCUGAACAGAUGUAUAGGAGAUUAUAAAUUACAAUAUUUAAGGGGCUGAACUUAAAUUCAUUAUAAAAAGAUUUACAGGUUAGUGUACGCAGUCAAAUAUGUCUAAAUGCCAUUUUCCAGACAUAAAAACUGUUUAUCAACAAAUUCUCCAGCUUCUGCGUCAUUACCAGUCCAUAAUUUAUAUCCACGUGUGAAAUGAGUUCAACAGUCAAAAUCUUCCGUCUGCUUCCGUUAUAGUUGGAAAUCAAAACUAAGGAAAGAAAAUAUGUUCCGUGGGUUUCAUUUCCGUUUUGCAGAAGGAAAACAUUAACGUCAUAAUUUAAUGUUAAUCAAAAUCAUUCACGAUACUUUUAAUUUGUAAAGAACCCACAUUUCCUGUUACAGACCCCGGCCCGUUGCUAAGGAGCUCACCGGUUGCCUGGUUACCGACAGACACUAUUCAGCACGCGGACAGCGACUCGCCGUUCACCGUGCCGAAUUAACGUUUUUCUGCUCAAGUGAUUUUUAGUUAGUUAGUUAGUUAUAAACUACAUUUUUGUUUAAAAACUGGAACAGUUUCUUCCGGAGACAUGGCGAACGCGCACCGGACAAACGUGCUGGUCACUUCGUGUCUGAAAACGCCGGUAGACCCGCAAACCAAAGCGCCGUUAGCUUCAUACGAGCGGGAGAGAGUCCUGCCGUACACGGCUACACCUCAUAUGGACAACCGGGACUACGAGAAGGAGCUGGAGUAUGAGGACUCAGGCUCUGAUUUCUGUGAUGAGGACUGUCUGGGGAAGGGCGGCCCUCUCCUGCUGAAUGACUACAGGGCAGCAGGAGACCACCUCGACCUGAGCAACAUCUUCUUCUCCAACGAGGAGUACUACAGCAAGCUGGAGGAGCUGAAGAAGGCCCAUCUCCGCACCAUGGCCGAGCUGGAGAGCAUGUACCGGCGAAAGCUGGAGCUCAAGUGCAUGGAGCCUUUGGACAUGGCGACGCUGGAGACGGGGCACAGGCUGCUAUGGUCAAACACCAGCCCAGCAGCUGCACGCCGUUUGAGGAAGUCCCACUCUGCUGUUGAACUGCGGAGGAGUUCAGGACAGUCGGACUUAUCGUAUGAGGAUGAAGCCGCCAAUAACGAUGUGGAGAAAGGCCUGCUCUUCUCUCCCAAAGAGCACAUCAAGAACAUGUGGAGGGACUUCAAGGUGUCCCCUCACAACCGUCACCUGUCGUCCUGCUCGCUGCACAGCCUGCCAGGAGACCAGAAGAGGCCGGGAAAGGGAAAAGGAAAGAAGAGGCAAGGGCUUAAAGCCGGGGAGCAGAGCUGGAAACACAGAGUGACCGUCCCGAAACCUUUCCACAUGACAGUGCGUGAGGCCGAGAGACGAAAGCGUGGCGUCAAGACGCGUUCGGAGAUGGAAGUGGAGAACGCAGAGCUACGACGGCAGCUGGAAGGACUGACAGAGUGCCAGAGGAAGUUCCGCGCCAGCCCCGUCCCUGCACACGUUCACCUCCCGCUGUAUGAAGAGCUGCAGGAGCAGUAUCACGAGCGGCGGCAAAACAUGCGAGACCGAGAGGAGCAGCAUCUCCGGACCGUCCAGAAACCUUUCAGCUUCCUGGAGAGGGAGCGACUAAAGAAGGAGCAGAAGCAGCUGCGUCACCCGCAACCGUCCGACCAGGAGAAAGUGAAACCCUUCAAAGCCAAACCUGUGCCCAAGGCGGUGUACGCAGCAGCAUCAGGGGAGCAGAUGAAGGAGGAGCGGCUGUAUCGCUCCAUCAAGACACAGAUGAGAGCUCAGGAGCUGCUCCACAGCGCUUCAAUGCCUCCCAGCAUGCUUGCACGACGACUCAGCGAUCGCAAGAAGACCAAAGACGACGCAGCAGGAGGAGGGGACAACAGCUUCACCCACAGACCCCAGAUCAACAAAGAGAUUCCUGACUUCAACGCCAGUUACCAACGCUUCCAGAAACAACUGGAGAAGCGGAAGGAGGUGAAGCCCACGACCGCGUGUGAACCCUUUGAUCUGAGGACGUCGCAGAUCUCCUCGCACCGCGACCGCAUCCUGGCCGACAUCGAGAAGGAGCAGAGCCCUCGGAUGCUGCGCUGGCCGUACAUCAACUCCGGGGCGGCUCGCACGCCAAACUCAAGCCUCUGUUCGUCUCUCUCCGGCAGCCUGGAGGUGCUUCCUGCCAAAGUCACAGACGCUACCAAAAGGCGCCAUGAGGCCGUGAGAAAGGCGCUGGAGCAGAGGAAGAAGGCUGAGGAGGAGGAGGAGCGGAGGAGGGAGAGGCAGAAGCAGAGGGAGAAGAAGCUGCAGAGGGUGGUGCUGAAGCGGGCGCAGGCCAACGACCCCCACCUGGCCCUCUCACAGACCCACCAGACGAAACUCAAAGAAUUCAGGAAACAAGAGCAGCAGCGCAGGAAAGAGUACCAGCAGGAGAUGAAAGAGAUGCAGCAGAGAGUGAAGGGGAGGCCGCUGCUGCUGGAGCAGGUUGCACAGAGGAAUGCCAAACAGGCGGCAGAGAAGCGCUACACAGACGCCCUGCAGGGAUACAGUCUGACCGAAGAGUUCAUCAGCGGCAAGGCGGUCAAAUCAGGAUCUGCCUCCCAGCACGGUGACGGCAAGCAGAGUGACCUGGAGGACCUAGACAUGGGAUAUCUACCUGUUCACUACAGGAAGGUCUUCCUCGAUGACGACGAUGACGAAGACGUGGAUGAUCCAGACGAGAGGGAACGAGGGAGAGAAGACGAGGAGAGCGACGAGGCCUCGUUCAACCAGCGCUAUGGCGAGGACCCCGGCGGUCAGCGCUCAGAUGAGGAUGACCGUGGUGAUGAUCGUGAUCACCACUAUUCUGACGAAAGUUACCACUACUCAGACGAUCAUGAGGAAUACUCAGAGGACAGCGAGCAUGACGCUGACACUAAACAGGAGGCAGGAGAAUGAUGUCAUCACACGUCAAGUUAUAAAUGGUCAAAAAAACUCUGAUGGAGAAAACUGAACAAAACUGAACUCAUCACGUGAAGAGGAAGCUUCUUAUUUCUGGAAUAAUAACGUGUCAUAUCUGAAAUAUUGUGCUCAUAAAUAUGACAUACAGGGAUGAAAGAUGUAAUUGAACAUUAGGUGACGAUGUUGGCUGCGUCUGAAAUCCCUCCUUUGUUCACCAAUUCACUAUUCCCCACAUAAAAAGCACUUAUUAGUUUACUUUAUUAUUGCUUAAUUUAGUGACCAGUUAAAUGAGACUUUGGACACUUUUGAAUUUUCAUUAUUUGGUGUCAUGUACUUUUUUCUUGAGGGCACAAUAUAAUGCACGAUUGUCACUUGAGGGACUGAUUUUGGACACAGCUGUCGGCCUUUUUCAUGGGAGAUAUUCUGACUUUUCAUAGUAGGAGAUGUUACUGGCUCUGCUCUAUUCAAGGAACUCAGUGAGCCAUGAUAGUAAUGAUGUGUCCCAAAUCCAUACUACAUACUGAUUCUAUACACUAUUUACUCCAUAGUAAUAUAUUGUUUAGCGGUUACUAUAUAAAAUCUGAAAAUACCUUACCAUUUUAUACUAACAGGAAAUGAUACAGUAUAUGUAAUGUGGACAGUAAAAUGUUUUUCUUAAGAUCUGACACUUAUUCCUGGAGCUGUCUCGCCACCAUUCAUUGUUUGUUUGAUUUCUUUUCUGUAAGCAGCUCCUUAUUCCUUUGUGCACUGCAUUGUAGGAGAAUAGCGUACAUCAACAGACCACAGAAAAAUCCACUGUAUUUCUUAUGCAUGCAGUCUGAUCCUAUUAAACUUCAUUUAUUUUACGUAA